UCAGGAGCAGGGGCAUCGGACAUCCCCAAGGUUACUUGGCGCUUUUUUGCUGUCAUGGACAGCCUCAUGGCCAAGGAGCGCCUCGGGACGGUCAUUUCAAAUUUGGACCUUGAGCCAGAUAGUGCUGACAUGAGUGUCCCAUCAGGAGUCAAUGACACUGCAAUUGCUGAAUGCACUGCCAGGGAAUCAGACCAAGAUUUUGGUGAUGACUGGGAAAGGCACAAGACAAAGGAUGCUAACGAGGAGGACAUGAAGCAGGUGACGGGAGCCUUUAUGCAAGCUGUCAGCGCCACAGCGCAGAAACAACCCGUGCAUAGAUGCAACUCUUUUUUUUUGAUUUUAUGGCGGAAUCAGCCAAGGAAUUGACGCCUGUCCAGCAAGAUAGGCUCAUGCACGCUU